GGCGAUGGGUGAGAGAGGGAGACAGAGGGAGGUGUGAGAGGUUGUUGCGCGCGUGCAGCAGAGGCUCGUUCAUCUCGCGCUCCGGGGAGUCCGCGCGCGUGCGGGUGUGUGUGUGUGUGAGUGUGAGGGAGUGAGCGAACAAGCGCGCGUGCGGGUGUGUGUGUGUGAGUGUGUGAGCGCACGCCUGCUUUCUUCGUGCGCCUUUUGGAGCUACAGGAGCGCGCGGGUCUGCACGGGACUGUGCGUAUAGGGAUGUAGAGCGGGCGCGGACGGCGCGCGCUGGAGGAGAGAGCUGCUGCUGCUCUGAGGGAUGGGAAUACGCACACGCUCGCGCGCGCACACACCCGGGCACCGUGCACGUGGAGAUCGGUAAUCAGAAGGCUGAUAGAGAUAUGGAGAGAUAAGAGCUGCUGACAGCUCGAGACGGCGCGCGGACAGGAGCGGAACACACACAGGGAGGGAGAUGCACAGAGCCUGGAUUCUCCUCCUGGUGAUAGAAGAGGGCUUUGCUCUGGCACAAAGAAUCAGAGAGACACAAAAUGAAGGUGGGCCUCCGUCCAGGAGUGACCAAUGUGGCGUUUGGACCAAAACCAUCAGUGGAGGCCAAUUCAUGUCCCCCAACUACCCCAACACCUACCCCCCCAACAAGGAGUGUAUCUAUGUCCUCGAAGCGCUCCCUCGCCAGAGAAUCCAGCUGAUCUUCGACAAAAACUACUACAUCGAGCCCUCGUUCGAGUGCCGCUUUGAUCAUCUGGAGAUAAGGGAUGGCCCCUUCGGCUUCUCGCCGCUCAUUGAUCGCUACUGCGGGCCCAAGAGCCCGGGGGUGGUCACCUCCACCGGCCGCUUCAUGUGGAUUAAGUUCCUCACUGAUGAGGAGCUGGAGGGCCUGGGGUUCCGCGUCAAAUACACCUACAUAGCAGACCCAGAUUUUAAACUGCACGUAGGCGGACUCCUAAAUCCAAUCCCAGACUGCCAGUUCGAGGUCAGCGGCCCAGACGGCUUCGUCCGCUCCAGCCAGGUGGACGAGGAGGAGAAGGUUAAAGUGGGGGAAGCUCUGGACUGCAUCUGGACCAUCCGAGCGCCUCCUCAGUCCAAGAUAUACCUGCGCUUCCUGGAGUACCAGAUGGAGAACUCGAACGAGUGCAAGAGGAACUUCGUCGCCGUUUACGACGGCAGCAGCGCCAUCGAGAACCUGAAGGCCAAGUUCUGCAGCACCGUAGCCAACGACGUCAUGCUGGAGACCGGGGUGGGCGUGGUCCGCAUGUGGGCGGACGAAACCAGCCGGCUGAGUCGCUUCCGCAUGCUCUUCACCUCGUUUGUUGAUCCUCCCUGCUCUGGCAACACCUUCUUCUGCCACAGCAACAUGUGCAUCAACAACUCACUGGUGUGCAACGGCGUGCAGAACUGUGUGUACCCUUGGGAUGAAAACCACUGCAAAGAAAAGAAGUCUAAGGGUCUAUUCCACCAGAUCACCAAGACCCACGGCACUGUUAUUGGCAUCUCGUCGGGCGUGGUCCUGGUGCUGCUCAUCAUCUCCAUCCUGGUGCAGAUGAAGCAGCCCCGCAAGAAGGUGGUGGUGCGUCGCCCGGCCGUCUUUAACAAGGCCGGCUUCCAGGAAGUUUUCGACCCUCCGCACUACGAGCUCUUCUCUCUGAGGGACAAGGAGCUGUCCUCGGAUCUGGCCGAGCUUUCCGAGGAACUGGAGAGCUUCCACAAGCUGCGCCGCUCCUCCACCGUGUCCCGGUGCGUCCACGAGCACCACUGCGGCGCCCAGGCGUCAUCCAGCGUUAAGCAGAGCCGGUCCACGCUGAGCUCCAUGGAGCUGUCCUACCACAACGACUUCUCCAAGCCACCACCACCCAUGAAGACCUUCAACAGCACCAGCAGCAGCAGUGGCGGCACCGGCACCUACAAGAAAAGCUGCUACGGCUACAAACAGACUCACGAGUGUGCCGAGCAGGUCAUCGAGGACCGGGUGAUGGAGGAAAUGCCCUGCGAGAUUUACGUCAGAGGUGGAGCUACGGGAAGCAUCGGCAGUGGCUGCGGCAGCAUCAGCAUCCGCAACCACGGCAGCAUCACGCGCCCCAACGCCGCCGCUGCCGUCGUGCCCGACCAGGGCCAGCGGUCCAUCUCCAUGGACUUCUGAGAGAACGAGGGAGGAGAGCGAACAGAGGCGGAGAGCGAACACAACAGAAGGAGCCUGACCUCCAUAGACUCUUGUUACUAUAUUUACUAUUUUUUUGUCCUUCAUUUCUUUAUCCUAUGUCAUAAAUUAGCAGUGAACGAGUGCAAACCCUGCCUUUCUGCCAUGAGCCGCGAGCGGUCCAUCUCCAUGGACUCCAAAAAGAACGAGGGAAAGGGAAAAAAAGGAGGAGAGGAACAAGAGAAGAGCCUAACCUUCACAGACUCUUGUUUUUUGUGUCCUGCACUGCAAAGAAUAUCUUGGCGAGUAAAAUCAUCUCAGAUCCAGUCUAUAUACAGCUUUGGAAAAAAUUAAGAGACCACCUUAGGUUCUGAAUCAGUUUCUCUGAUUUUGCUAUUUAUAGGUUUAUGUUUGAGUAAAAUUAACAUUGUUGUUUUAUUCUAUAAACUACAGACAACAUUUCUCCCAAAUUCCAAAUAAAAAUAGUGUCAUUUAGAGCAUCUAUUUGUAGAAGAUGAGAAAUGGCUGAAAUAACAAAAAAGAUGCAGAGCUUUCAGACCUCAAAUAAUGUGAAGAAAGGUUUUAAGAGUUUAUCUCAUAAAGUUUUAAGAGUUUAGAAAUCAAUAUUUGGUGGAAUAACCCUGGUUUUUAAUCACAGUUUUCAUGCAUCUUGGCAUCAUGUUUUCCUCCACCAGUCUUACACACUGCUUUUGGAUAACUUUAUGCCUUUAAGCAGUUCAGUUUGGUGUGAUGGCUUGUGAUCAUCCAUCUUCCUCUUGAUUAUAUUCCAGAGGCUUUCAUUUUGUUAAAAUCAAAGAAACUCAUCAUUUGUAAGUGGUCUCUUAUUUUGUAUUUAGAGCUGUAUAUAUUAUAGGGACAAAAAAUAUUUGGACACUUCCUCAUUGUUACUUCCUAGAAAUAGUCAAGUGUGUUAAAAAAAGAGUUUACCCUGCUUUUGUUAAAGUAACAUUUAAAGCAUUGCUGUGGGAAUUUCAUUGCAUUCAGCAACAAUAGGGCUUAAGGAGGCCAACAGAUUUUAAUAGAUAAGCAGAUAAGCAGGGUAAUUAAGGUCUUACAUUGUCUUACAUUUACAGUGGCAAGCAAGCUAACAUACUUUACAAACUUUAGCUAACUAAAGCAAGCUAGCUAAUGUUACCAGGGAUUUAACUAAGAUUAGCAGCAAGCUGGCUAACAUUAGCAGUGAGUUAGCUAACAUACUGAUGUUAGCAGCAAGCUAACUAUCAUUAGCAGCAAGCUAGCUAACAUGCUAACUUUAGCUAGCUAAAGCAAGCUAGCUUAUGUUACCAGGGAUAGAACUAAGGUUAGCGGUCAGCUAGCUAAGAUUAGCGGUGAGUUAGCUAACAUACUAACUUUAGCUAGCUAAAGCAAGCUAGCUAACAUAAUCAGGAAUAGAACUAAGGUUAGCGGAAUGCUAGCUAACAUUAGCAGUGAGUUAGCUAACAUACUGAUGUUAUCAGCAAGCUAACUAACAUUAGCAGCAAGCUAGCUAACAUUAGCAGCAAGCUAGCUAACAUACUAACUUUAGCUAGCUAAAGCAAGCUAGCUUAAUUUACCAGGAAUAGAACUAAGGUUAGCGGACAGCUAGCUAACAUUUGUGGCGAGUUAGCUAACAUACUGAUGUUAGCAACAAGCUAACUAUCAUUUGUAGCAAGCUAGCUAACAUACUAACUUUAUCUAGCUAAAGCAAGCUAGCUUAUGUUACCAGGGAUAGCACUAAGGUUAGCGGACAGCUAGCUAAGAUUAGUGGCGAGUUAACUAGAGGAAAGUCAGCUAACGUUACCAGGGAGAAAAUAAAUAAAGAAAUUAUGACUACGUUUUUGGGUCUUAAAUAACAUUUAUUGAGGUCUUAAAAAGGUCUCAAAAAGCAUUAAAUUUGACUUUUAAAAUGGUGCAAGAACCCUGUUAACAUAGCUAACAUAAGUGUCGAGAACAUAUUAAUUAAAGCAGAAAGCAAGCUAACAUACUAAGUUUAGCUAGCUAAAGCAAGCUAGCUAACAUUAUCAGGGAUAGAACUAAGGUUAGCAGAAAGCGAGCUAACAUUAGCGGCGAGUUAACUAACAUACUCAUGUUAGUAGCAAGCUAACUAACAUUAGCAGCAAGCUAGCAAACAUACUAAAUAUAGCUAGCUAAAGCAAGUUAGCUAACAUUACCAGGGAUACACUAAGGAUAUCGGACAGCAUUAGCGACAAGUUAGCUAACAUACUGAUGUUAGCAGCAAGCUAACUAACAUUAGCAGCAAGCUAGCUAACAUACUAACUUUAGCUAGCUAAAGUAAGCUAGCUUAUGUUACCAGGGAUAGAACUAAAGUUAUCGGACAGCUAGCUAAGAUUAGCAGCGAGUUAGCUAACAUACUAAUGUCGGUGGAAAGUUAGCUAAUGUUACCUGGGAGAGAACUAAAGAAAUUAUGACUACAUUUUUGGGUCUUAAAUUAUAUUUAUUGAGGUCUUAAAAAGGUCUCAAAAAGCAUUAAAUUAGACUUUUAAAAUGGUGCAAGAACCCUGUUAACAUAGCUAACAUAAGCAUUGAGAACAUAUUAAUUAAAGCGGAAAGCAAGCUAACAUACUAACUUUAGCUAGCUAACGUUACCAGGGAUAGAACUAAGGUUAGCAGAAAGCUAGCUAACAUUAGCAGCAAGCUAGCUAACAUACUAACUUUAGCUAGCUAACGUUACCAGGGAUAGAACUAAGGUUAGCGGACAGCUAGCUAACAUUAGCAGCAAGCUAGCUAACAUACUAACUUUAGCUAGCUAAAGCAAGCUAGCUUAUGUUAUCAGGGAUAGAACUAAGGUUAACGAACAGCUACCGGAUUAGCGGCGAGUUAGCUUACAUACUAAUGUCAGUGGAAAGUUAGCUAACGUUACCAGGGAGAAAAUAAAUAAAGAAAUUAUGUCUACGUUUUUGGGUCUUAAAUAAUAUUUAUUGAGGUAUUAAAAAGGUUUUAAAAAACAGUAUUACUGAACGAUUUUCUGUCUCUGUGUCGCUUUGGUUGUGCUAAAAGCACAGUAAAACUAGGCUUAAUCCAGCACAUAAAUCCUUAAACUCUUAAAGGUUUUUGAAUGUUUACCUAAAAGCUACCUCUAACAGAACCAACAGUAAUGACAUUAUGAGACGUAUUAUUAUAUUAAUACGAGAUUUAAGCUGAUUUUACUCGCCAAGGUAUGGAUCUAGCAGUGUUCAUUUCUUGUUUAUCAUGAUUUAGCAGUGAGCAGUCAGAGAUAUGAACUGACCUGGAGCGUAAUAGAGGGGAAAAUCCUUUUUUAAUGUGUAUAUUAUUCAAAAUAAUAAAGAAUAAGUAGGCCUCAUGUUGUUGCUUGGCAUUAACUCUCAUGUAUUUUUUGUUCUAUUUAAUUUUUUUGCAUUGUUUGAUUCUGUGGAUAACUUGAAUUAUGCUAAAAUGGAGCUGAUAAUUAUUGAAUUAUUGAGUCACGCUGCUUUCAUGCUCACCACCCCAGCACACACACACACACACACAAACACACACUCAGGCCUGUUUUGAGGAGCACACAUUUGGAGUUGAGUAGUUUUUCAUAUUUUCCUCUUUAGACUCUUUAGCCUAACGCUUUAACUCCAUCUGUAUGUACGAGUGGGUUUAUUUAAAUGACCUCAGUUCGGACCCCCUGUGAGCACUUUUCAUUCCAUUAGCAUCUUGUAAACACUGAGGCAUCGUGGGAAACCACUGUAUACACACACACACACACACACUCACAUAUACACAUAUAUACACAAAUGCAUACGCACUCACAAAAGCACACACAUUUACAUUACAUAGUUUUACUGUACACACAAACACAUACACACACACACACACACAGUGUCUGAGUGUUUAGUAUUCAGAGAAAGGCCCAGUUGUGUACGGAGCAGGGAAUUGUAUGUACUUUUGUACAGAAGUAAUUCCAUCGGAAGGUGAAACGAGUAAAGAUGACCCGGAGUAUAUUUUCUAACCCGUAACGUUGUUUAUCCAAACUAUACUGCGCUUCCAUUUUAGCCAUGACAUUAAUAAUUGUAAAGAUAUUGAUGUAAGAAAUGUCCGACUAUAUGUUUUAAUAAAAUGACAUCACAUUA